AUGACGGAGCCAGUCGAGGCUGGCGCCCACACCCCGCACGAGGCCGCCCUUUCCCUCGGGAAGGUUGUGAACUUUUCGUGGGAGAAUCUGACCUACCGCGUCCCGGUGGAGGACGAUGACGGCAACACGACGUACAAGACGCUGCUUUACAACCUGAGCGGCACCGCCGUUGGUGGGCGUGUCUUGGCGAUCAUGGGGCCGUCGGGCGCCGGCAAGACGACGCUGCUGGGCGCCAUCACGGGCAAGCUCUACAACGCGAAGGCCAAAAUGGAGGGCUGCUGCUUCCUCAACAGCACAAUCUACUCGCAACGGUACAAGAAGCUGGUGUCGUAUGUCUCGCAGGACGAUAUUGUCAUGGGCAAAGAGACCCCUCGCGAGGCGAUCAGAUUCUCGUGCCGUGUGCGUCUUGGGUUGAGCAGCGAGGAGUCGGAGAGAAUUGUGGACGAGGUCAUUGCACGGCUUCACCUCACGAGUUGCCAGAACACCAUCUUGGGCAUUCCAGGCAUUUUGAAGGGGGUCUCUGGUGGAGAGCGAAAGCGGGCCAACGUGGGAACUGAGCUUGCGACGAAUCCCUGUGUCAUGCUAUUGGACGAGCCGACCACUGGCCUGGACUCGGUCAACGCCCUACGCGUGGGGCAAAUGCUUCGCGAAUUGGCAAAGAGGGAUAUGCGCACGGUCAUUGCAACGGUGCACUCGCCAUCGUCCGAAUUGUUCGACGUUUUCGAUGACCUACUGCUUCUCGCAAAGGGCCACGUUAUCUAUCAUGGCCCCACGGCGGACGCCGUGGCCUACUUUGCCACCUUGGGCUACCAGGUUCCUCCCCGUACCAACCCCAGUGAGUACUUUAUGAAUGUUCUGCAGCUCCCAGAGGAGGAAGUGUCCCAAUUGUGGCUGGCGUGGGAAGACUACGUUACUUCAGCUGCGGCGAACAACAACACUUGCCUCAUGGUGGUGCAGGGCCCCAUUACUCACCAAGACAAGUUCUUGGAAAGUCAGCUUAAGGUGAAGGGGUCCAGCUACGCCGUACAGUUUGUUGAGCUUGGGAAGCGCGCUUUUCGGAUGUUUCGUCGUGACCCUGGAGCAUUUGUGGGCCGUUCAUUACAGACACUCUUUUUUGCGGUGUUUAUGGGUCUUUUCUUCUUCAACUUGAAACUGAAUCAGCAAGGUGUACAGGACCGUGCAGGAGCGCUUUAUAUAACGCUGAUGAACAACUGUUUGGGGCGUGUAUGCAUGGUAUUUCUGCCUAUCCUCCCGAGCGAGCCGUGUUCUUGCAGGAGCAGGCCAACGACUCCUACAACGCGUUUGUGUACUUCGUUGCCAAGUAUGUCGCCGAGAUCCCCUUCCAGGUGCUGUUUCCAACCUUAUUUGAUCUCGUCGCGUACUUCAUGA